AUGCCAUCGUUAGAUAUUGAAAUGGAACCUAUGAUAAUUACCGAAGGUGGUAAUGAAAAAACCCCAUUAUUACCCAUUGUAAAAACCUAUGUUAUUACAACCCCCAAAUCCUCUAAAAAACCAGCCAUUUCCAAAUUAACACCUUAUCUUCCCGAAAAAACUUUACCAUACAUAAAUAGUUUAAGUAAUUCGAUAAAUCAAAUUCGAAACAAAUUACCCCCCUUAUCCGCUAUACCUAUUCGUACCAUUCGUGGUAAAUGUUCAAGGAAAAGGCUAUUAGUUUUUAGCAUUUUAUUACAAUUAUUUUUUUUGUACAGAUACGUUAAUGGAGGACCAUUCCUUCCAUUAUCGUGCCAAUUGAUUAACAUUGGAUGUCCAUCGACUGUCAUCAAUGGAUUUACGACCAAGGAAUUUUCAAAUGUUCAACAAAUAUUCUUGAAAAACUUUGAAAGUGGACAAGAUAUUGGGGCACAAGUUAGCGUUUAUUAUAAUAAUGAAUUGGUCGUUGAUUUAUCUGGUGGAAUCGCUGAUACUUCCUCAGGAAAACUUUAUGAUGAAAAAACAUUGCAAUUAGUAUUUUCUAGUACAAAAGUACUUAGUGGUAUCGUUAUAGCAAGAUUGGUCGAACAAGGUUUAUUAGAUUAUGAUAAACCAAUCGCCGAAUAUUGGCCCGAAUUCGCUCAAGGUGGAAAAGAGGACGUUACCCUUUUGGAUUUAAUGGUACAUAGAGCCGGUGUAGGUUUUAUCGACUCUUUUGAUAUUUCAAUUAAAGAUUUAUAUAAUCUUGAUGAUUUCUCGGAAAUGCUCGCAAAACAACCUCAUAAUUUCGAUGGUAAACCAAUAAGAGCGUAUCAUGGUAUAACUCGUGGUUGGUACUUGAAUGAAAUCGUAAGGAGAGUUGAUCCACGCCAUCGUACUAUCGGUAGGAUCGUGGCCGAAGAAAUCGCUCCACAAUAUAAUAUCGAAUUUUAUUUAAACACGAAUAAGGCUCGUAAAGAUCGUUUAGCAAGUAUUUAUGCUUACCCUUUGGUAAGAAUGUUGUCUAAAUUGAUUUUACCUGAAUGGAUGAUUAGCGAACCAUUACAUCCAAUUUUCCCUCAAAUGAUGGAUAAGAAUUCCGUUGCCUUUAAAUCAUUGGUAUUAACUUCUCCCGAUCGUGCUCAACCACAAGAUUGGAAUAAGUUGGAAAUGUUAAUUCCAGAAGGUCCUUCAUAUAAUGGUGUAACCAAUUCUCGCUCCAUGGCCAAACUCGCUGCCAUUAUGGCUAAUAAGGGAGAAAGUUUUCCAACCGACAAACUUCCUCUUGAUGUACAACAAAAUUCUCAAUUAAGGGAACCUCAAUUACUUUCAAAUACUACCUAUGAUUUAAUUGCUACCCGUCUUAACCCUGUAUUCGAUCAAGUAUUACAAGAGACCAUCACUCCAUCUGUUGGUGGUUUUGGUUAUUUCCGUCUUAAAGGUUUAGAAGAUGUUGAAUUCUUAGGUUGGGGUGGUUCCGGUGGUAGUAUGUUCUUAUGGAAUCAAGAGUUAAAAAUUGGUUUCUCUUAUGUUAUGAAUGCUUUUCACACCGCUCUUCUCGGUGAUGAUAGAAGUCUUGGAUUAUUAAGAGAGUUUGCUGAUAGGAAUGAUAAUCCUGAUAUUGGUGUCCCGGUACAUCAAUUCUCUAAAAUGUCAAUCAACGAAGUUCCGGCAUCUUUUCGUGAUGCAAAAAAUGAAAUUGAAAACAUCGAAGAUUUUCAAGAUAUAAAACAAAUCGUUGAAGAUAAAAUGUUGGUUCAAGAAGACGCAGUGCAGGAUAUAAUUGAUAAUGAUUAUAAUGAUGAUGGGAACAAGGAUGAAUCCAUUAAAGAGUAUGUUGUCGAAAAGGUGCUUAAUCAUAGGUUUAAUGGCAAGGGAAAACUACAAUAUCUAUUGAAAUGGGAAGGCUGGUCAUCAGAAUAUAACACUUGGGAAGACCAAGAAAAUGUAUUCGCUGAUAAGUUGAUUGGCCAAUAUUGGGAAGGAAAAGCAUCAAGAAGGAACACGUCUUUAUUUAGGAAAGAAAAAUUUGGUUCACCCUUGAAGAGAAUAGAAAGCGAGAAUGAUAGUGAGGAUGAAUUCAUACAAUCAGAUGGUUUCAGUGAUAAUAAAAAAAGUCCAACGUCGGAUUCUUCGGAUAAUAGUAAUUCUCCAAAGUUGAUCCGUCACCGCAAUUAUGGAAUGAUAAAUCGAGUUAAUAAUGAUCAGGAAUCUUCCAGUAACUCUGAUCGUUCCAUUACUGUUGUAAGUUCAAAGGUUUCUCAUCAUGAUAGAAAAGAACGAAAUGCAUGGGAUAAUGAAAAACAAUGGGAAACCAAAACAACCUUACAAUCAACUGCAAGAACAUGUAUACCAACUGCUACACAAUCGAUUGCUCAUUCUCAAACUCAACAAUUAUAUCCACCGCCUAUAUUCUUGCAAAGAAUUGAACCGUCUUGGAUGAAAAAGUUAUUCGAUCCCGAGAUUCGUGAACCUAAAGAAAGCUUUGAUUGGGAUAAGGAUUCGGUUAACGUAGAAUUCCUUGAACUCGACGAUCAGGGAAAAAUAGUUGGAUACCUCAAUUGGAAAUCGGGAAGUAGAUCCAGACACCUUCUCGAAGAACUUCACAAUAAAUGUCCUCGAAAGAUGCUCGAGUUUUAUAAAGAAAAUAUUCGCUUUGAACUGCAAGAUGAAAAUAAGAAUUAUAAUGCUCUUCAAAGAUUCAAUUCCGCACGACGUAUUAAAACACGUUGGUGA